AACAGAGUGGUCAUUGCAAACGCUUAUAUCUGUGGCACAAUGACCUCUCAAAAUAAGAGAGUACUUAAGGAGCAUGAACAGAAUUGUGACAUGACUUUAUAGUCACGUGACACUUAAAAGCGUACUUAAAAUACAAAGUGCUGUUCUGUGAUGGAGAGAGAGAGAGACGAUACUUGGUUGGGCACUUGGGCCUCCGUUGGACAACAGCUCAGCGCUAACUCGCGCCUAAUGCGUGUCCUUCUCUCUCUCUGUCUCUCUUAUUUCACCUAAUCAUCUGCUCCUCGUACUUCUUCUUCUCCCAAAAUCUCAAACUCCAGACCACAAUGCAGUCCGCGAAUUGGCCACGCGUUCACCUUUUCAAUCUUUUCUCCUCCUUAUAUUUCUCUCAACUUGACCACCAACCCUCCCUUACAAUUAGUUACCCCUCCUUGAUCCCCUUCUCCCUCUUCUACCCUUCACUUCUAAUCAUCCUACAUGCUCUUAGCUCUACCCUCCCGCUAACGUACACUAGGUAGCCCAACCACCACCACUACCACCCCCUGAGCCACCACCACCACCUCACCUCCACCUCCUCCUCCACUUUGACUAGUCUUAGGCCUAGGCCUAGGACUAGAGUAGUAGACCUACCCAUUGAAAUCAAAUCCCAAAUUGCAAUUGACAGGUUUCACAGUCUUCUAACUCACGUGCGAGUCAGAACAAAGGGUACCAUGACGUCGUCCUCCUCUACCUCUUCUCGCGGAUCAUCAUCCACCACACAACACUCCACAGGCAAGCACCCAAUCUACAGAGGAAUCCGAAGCCGGAGCGGCAAGUGGGUAUCUGAAAUCCGGGAGCCACGUAAGAGUACUCGCAUAUGGCUCGGCACUUUCCCCACUCCCGAAAUGGCUGCUGCUGCCUAUGAUGUCGCUGUCCUUGCUCUCAAAGGAUCCGAUGCUGUUCUCAACUUCCCUGACUGCGUACCCUUCUACGCCAUUCCUGCAUCUUCUUCACCUUCCGAUAUACGCACCGCAGCUGCUGCAGCCGCCGCCGCUAGGAUGCCCAAGCCUGUAUCCUUUGAAAGCCCAGUAAUGAGGAUGAGUUCCUCGGAGAAUUUUCAAACUCCUGCACCUGUGCAACCACCUGGAGAAGAAGAAUUUGUUGAUGAGGAAGCACUGUUUGGCAUGCCCAAAUUGCUUGAUAAUAUGGCUGAGGGAAUGCUAAUGAGCCCACCCAGGAUUAAUUCGCCGCCUUUUGAUGACUACUCCUACAAUGGAAGUUCAGAUUUAGAUGGCCUCUGGAACUAUUAUUAGAGCAGCGAUCGAUCUCAUCCCAUCUUCACCACCAUAUCGACCCCCCAAAAAAAAUUAAUUAAAAAGGACAAUCAUAACAAUAAGGAAGGUGUGUCGACUUGAUCAGGUGGUUAGUCUUUAGCUAUGGCGUGGUCUUCUCUUUUCCUUCUUCCCCCUCUCCCCCCUCCACCUUUUUUGGUUGUGGUUCUGCAAUGUUUUUUGGGUUAGUUUUUUUGAGUCUUGGAAGGCUGAAGUGGUUGCUUCUCACUGACCUUUUAAAUAUAUAAGAGUGUAUGUAAAGAGGGUAUAUGCUUCUUUUUUUAAUAGAAUAUUGGGUUUAGCAGCCA